UUCUGGGUCAGGCAGUAAUUGGUAUCAAAACAACCAUGCCACAACGAAAAGACGUGCAAGAUGCACAUUUAGUGGUCCUAAAACACAUGACAUGCCUUGCUCCAUAUGUUAAUGAACACAUGGAGAUGUUACGGUUGACACACCCGGGCAAGGAUGAUUUAUGGUACAUAAACACUCAAAACAAAGAGUUAUCGAAGUGGAUGGAAAUGAAGGUAACCAAAACAGAUGUUGAUGAUACUGUGAAAAGGCUUGGGCAGGGUCCAGACUGUAGAGUUAUAACUUCCCAGGGGUACGACAUUAACGGUUAUACUUUUUACACCAGUGAUCAAGAUAAAAAAAGUGUUGUGCAAAACAGUGGAGUUACUAUAACAGCAUCAACGACCGAGUUCAGCAGAGGGCGCCACGAUACAAUGAUGAAUAUCGCCAAAAAUUCUUAUUAUGGUGUUAUACAGGAAAUUUGGGAAUUGGACUAUCAUGAUUUCACUAUUCCUUUGUUCAAAUGUAAGUGGGUGAACAACAGUACAGGUGUUCAAGUUGACAAAUAUGGUUUUACACUUGUCGACCUUACCACUGAUGGCUAUAAAUCUGAGCCAUUUGUUUUGGCAAAGCAUGUCACACAAGUUUUCUUUGUCAAUGACCCAAGCAAACCAAGAUACCACAUUGUCUUGCAAGGUAAACGCCGUAUUCUUGGUAUUGAUAAUGUCAUUAACGAGGAUGAAUAUGACCACUUUGAUGAUCUACCACCAUUUUCGGUCGGUAUUGAACCAAGUAAUUACGACAACAUUAAGCACACCAAAUACCUACGUGAUGACACCGAUGGGAUUUACGUUGAUUAAGGAUAAACGGAAAUGAUGAAGUAAAAAGACGUGUUUGAUUAUUUGUGCUAACUAAGGAGACAUUUUCGAUUGUUUGUGUUAUUUCAUUUAAAACUUUUACAUUGGAUAGGCCAAUGUUUAACUUAUUGAUACACUUUUUCACUUUAUUUUUUUAA